AUGCCACUCAAGCUCCCUUUCCAUACUUCCAUCUCAGAUGGGCUGUACCCAUCCAGGGUCAUCACUGUGUCUGGCACUGUCCUGCAAAAUGCUAAGAGUUUCUACAUCGACUUGUGCACGGAGAGUGACAUCGCCUUCCGUUUCACCCCUCGAUUGGAUGAGAACACUGUGGUCUGGAACACUGAGAUCCAGGGCGUCUGGGGGACAGAGGAGCGAGAUCUGCCCUUUGGCAUGCCCUUCAGACGUGAACACAGCUUCACGCAAGCCACCGAGACUGUCCCCCUGGGCAUCCGCGUGGAGAUCAUAUGUGAAGCUGAUCACUACAGUGUGAGCGUGGAUGGCCAACACCUGCUGGACUACGUCCACCGCCUGAAGGACCUGCCAGCCAUCGAUCGCCUGACGGUGGAUGGUGAUCUUGAGCUUAAUUCAGUGAAUGUCUAG